ACCAAUAAUGUCUGUCGACUGUCGCCCUCUUGUGUCCACCUUGACCAGACCUUCCUAGAUCGGUUGGUGUAAGAUCAUCUCGGCACUUUUGGCUAGUGUGUACAACGGGAUCAUCUGAAUCUCAUACGAUUUUCGAAAUUUCACCAUGUCCAUGUUCAUGUUCUCGGGGGCUUGGUCAAGAACCUGCUCCAAACAAGUUAGAUCUUUUAGCACUACCAAUCCAAGAUCCGAGAUCUUAGAUAUCAAGAGUUUACAGGAUAGAAUCGUUCCUAGAUAUCACAGUAAGCCCACAUAUACUCUCCUUGUACCUGCCCCAAUCCAAAUAUUCACGUGGAAAUUUAUAGGAGCCAGAGAGAGUGAUCUACUCUCUUUACAAUGGCCUUCACCUCCUCGCAAUCUCUUGAUCAUCAAGAAGGAUCGUUCUCCAGCCGUUGCGGAGGCCCUACUUGAAUAUGCAAAGUUCGUUCAAUGCAUUCAUACCUGCAAAAGCUUCUCCCAACUGACUAGGUACCAGACAUAUACACUCAAACUACAAAGAUGCAGCUCUCAUUUUUGAGCAAAAGGUAGCAGAGAGCAUACACAAUGCCUUGGCAUUUCCAGUAUACACCACUGACCUUCCAUCCCUCCUCCCAUCUAAGGUUGAUAUGGUAACGACACUCGGUGGAGAUGGAACGAUCCUACAUGCGUCGUCUCUUUUCAGCACAACCCGUCAUGUCCCUCCAAUUCUUUCCUUUAGCAUGGGUACUCUGGGAUUCUUGGGAGAAUGGAAGUUCGCUGAAUAUAAGCGAGCCUUCCGAGAAGUCUAUAUGUCGGGAGCUGCCGCAGGAUCUCAUCUCUUUCAAGACGAGAUGCAUCCUCAUAUCCAAACCUCGACGUCAGACAAGACUGAUGAUACGUCUGGAUGGUCGAGUAUUAGGGGCAAGUCGAUGGGGUCAACCAGGAGUUCGAAAGUACUUCUCAGGAAUAGAUUGAAGGUCGAGGUCUUUGAUACAAAUGGUAAAAUUAUGCGAGAGUGUGCAGAGGGGGAUGUGCAUGCCAUGAAUGAAGUUAUCAUCCAUCGAGGAAAAGAAGCACAUUUGGCUAUCAUUGAAGUUUUUGUCAACAAUCAAUUUUUGACCGAGGCUGUUGCGGAUGGUAUGAUCAUUUCUACACCAACGGGCAGUACGGCAUAUAGUUUGAGUGCUGGUGGUAGUAUAGUUCAUCCACUCGUGAGCAGCCUUCUUCUAACUCCGAUCUGUCCAAGGAGUCUUUCAUUUAGACCUCUUGUUGUACCUGCGAACACGCCGAUCAAACUUCGAUUAAGUGAUAAGAAUCGAGGAAGGGAAUUGGAGGUUAGUAUCGACGGGCAAAGACGAAACAUAGGGGUUGGCGUCGGCAUGGAAAUAAGAGUUCAGGGCGAGGAAAUGAUGAAGGGUAGCAAUGAAUGGGGUGGAGGGGUUCCAUGUGUCAUGAGGGGGCCCAAGAGUGGUAUGAAGGAUGACGACGGCUGGGUUGGAGGCCUGAAUAGCCUGCUGAAGUUUAACCAUCCUUUUGGUGAACAAUGAUUUCCAGUAGCUACUGACAAGUGGAUCUUGAUGUUGCUACCGAGGCUGGAUUUAUUAUCCCCAUUCGUAACAUGAUCAUUAAAGGUACGUUCUGGAGUCUAUAAUUUCGUUAUUUUAGGUCUAAUACUACGUAGAUCUCUUGGUCCUUGCCAUUCUUUGCAAGGCCGAAGAACAACUCCUGGGCCGUCUUUGAUCACAAGAAGUCUCAACUAAACUACCACUUUUGUGAGUGAGCGUUCUGUGCCAGCCAAAAGCCUCGAGGUCAAGUCUGCCACAAAUCGAAGCGUAUGUGCUAGGUUCCGAGUCAUCUCCUCAAUUUUGCCUGACCCACAUAUGAAUAUUGUACAUUAUGAGAUCAGGGUUAUAUGAUCCACCACGGAAUUUUAAUAGAUUUCAUUGCUUUUCUAUCUGGUUCUCAUCUUGGUACGAUCGAUCUUACCAAGGACUUGGAACAUCAGAAGACUCUAUUGAAGGAUUGUGGGAGACAAGUCAUCCACCCGCCAAAUUUUUCGUUGGGAAUGUAGUGAAACAAGAUUACAAUGUUCGGAUGUGCCCUCGGUACUUUCGGUUGAUUCCUGUUUUGUCGUACUAGCAACGUCGAUCGUAUAAAUUCCCCAGUGAGGUAAAAUCGGGAUAUAUUUCUAUCACAUCUCUCAUUUUCUUCCACUCAUCGGUCUUCACCGAUUACUUGUCCAUUGUUAUGUUUCCAUUGUCAAAACUCGUAAUACACACCUCGAGGUCACAAUCAAGUUGUGAAGUUAGUACUCUUGACUUACCACGUUGCUGGUGUCUUUCCAUAUACUCGGCGAUUUUGCUGUAGUAUCUGGGGUUCUGGGGGUAUCGGGCGUUAAGAUCUCUCCAGUUUAGGUAACCCAUGCUAGCCUAUCAUUUAAAAUGAUCAAAAUUUUCGACGGUUUUGUAAUACACAAAAGUGCAGAUGUACGGUCGAUCAGAUCACUCAUCAUAUUCUCGUAUAUG